AUGACCCUCCGCAGGACACAGCAGCAGCAGCAGCAGCAGCAGCUGGAGCAGCAGCAGCAGGGGCAACAGCAGCAGCUGCUGAAGGGCCCAGAUUUAGACGCAGUUCACCUUGCUAUUGACAAGUGCUUGGUCAACAUCUUGGGCUGGAAGAGGCAGCAGCAACAUCAGCAGCAGCAAGAGCAACAGCAACAGCAAGAGCAAGAGCAGAAGCAGAAGCAGCAGCAGCAGCAGCAAACGCCCCCAGGCUUACUGCUGCAGCAGGUGCUGCAAAAGGUAGAUGCGCGCGGCUGCUGCUUGGCGCUUGCUGCUUUGUCGCGCCUGCAGCAGCGGGAAGGAUUUGCUGCUGCAGCAGCAGCAGCAGCAGCAGCAGCAGCAAGUCAGGUGUCUGUACACCUCAAAACGCUGACAGCGCAGCAAACCGCCACGCUGCUGCACAGCAUUUCCAAGUUCCCUCAACUGUGCCCUUCUCUAGCUGGAGACCUUUUGCUUCACCUGCGGCCCCGCGUAAAACACUUGGACCCUGCAGGGUGUGUAAGUGCCCUCAGCGCUUUCCGCCGUCUGGGCAUUUCAGGGACAGAUUCGCUAGCUGAAGAACUGCAGCAGCAGGCUGCCUCUCAAAUCCAUCACUGCGACUGGCCAGCGCUGCAUGCUCUGGCUUCAAUUGCCCGCUCUGGAGGCUUCACACUGCUGCUGCAGGUGCUGCAGCAGCAGCAGCAGCAGCAGCAGCAGCAGCAGCAGCAGCAAUCGCCAGCGAAGACUGCUGGAAGGGAGCAGCAGCAGCAGCAACAGCAGCAGCAGCGACAAAAGCAGCAGCAGCAGCAGCAUCAGCAGCACCAACAGCAGCAGCAGCAGCAGCUUGGUUAUAAGCUGAUGUCAGCCGAACAGCCGCUGAAUGCCCUUCGGGCGUUUCUUUAA